AUGGGACCUGCUGGCUUCCACGGCUGCUCGUGGACAGUGAUCCUCCUCUCAGCCUUACUUCUGACGACGUGGAGCCCCCCAGCUGCUGCUGCCCUGCAUAGCAACACCCAGACGGAGAGAGCUCUACAGGCCAAGCCCUCCCUCACAGUCAGUCAGAGCGUUGUCACAGAGCAGAGGGAUAUGGCAGUCUUCUACUGUAACACUAGUACUGAUAAUGCCACCAUCCACUGGGCCUCCAACAACUCUCCACUUGUGUGCAAUGAGCGCAUGAAGCUGUCUGCAGAUAAAAAGACCCUCACCAUCCUCAUUGUCCAGCGGGAGGACUCAGGGUCUUACCUGUGUGAAGUACAGCACGGCUUUGAAGUUCAGAGAAGUGACAUUGUCUCGCUGGAGGUGAACUAUGGUCCUGACCCUGUGUCGAUCAAGCUGGAUUCAGGAGUAGCCACUGGGGAUGUGGUUGAAGUGAUGGAAGGCCACACCGUGAACUUCUGGGUGGAAGCACAGUCCUGUCCUGUCCCUGCCUAUGCGUGGUAUCUCCCCAGUGACUUUAUCCAGCCCCCCACCACAGGAACAUUCACCAUCCAUGCUGUGUCCAGGGAACACGAGGGCAUAUAUAGGUGCCUGGUAGCCAACCCUGUCACCAACUUGUCCCGCCUAGGUGUUGUCAAAGUCCAAGUGCUUGAAAAAGUGACUGUACCGUAUAUCGAGUUCCCAACCUCAGACCUUGUGGAGAACGCCACCUCUGUGAAGCUGACCUGCAAAACUAGUCAUGAGAGGGUUGAUGUCCAUUGGUUUCUGAAGGGUCAGCCACUCAGGCCUAGUGAGCGUCUGACACUGUCAUCCCAAAACAGAACCCUUACCAUUCAUGGCCUUCAGAGAGAUGAUACUGGACCCUAUGAGUGUGAGGUGUGGAACUGGGGUAGCCAGGCACGCAGCGUCCCUCAGAUGCUCAUCAUCAACUAUGGCCCUGACCGAGUGGACAUCACCCAGGGGUCAGCGUCUGGAGUGGUCAGCACUGUUGAAGCAAUGCUCAACACCAGCCUGACCCUGCACUGCCGGGCUGACUCCAAACCAGGUGCCAGGUAUCACUGGACCCACGAGCACUCCUCUGAGGUGCUUGAUGGGGAGCAGCUGAGCAUCAAGGCACUGAGGCAGGAGCAUCAGGGCACUUACACCUGUACGAGCUCCAACGAUGUCACCGGCCUGGCCCGAUCCGCCUCUGUCCUGGUCAUGGUGGUGGGUCUCCAGUCAUCCUCUAUGUCUCCUGGAGCCAUCGCUGGCAUCGUUAUCGGGAUCCUGGUUGCCAUUGCUUUGGUGAUAGGACUGGGCUACUUCCUCUACAGCACAAAGGACAGAUGGACCCACAGAUCAGCCAGUGGUACAAUGAGCUCAAAUACCAUACAACCCACCUCUGUGAUGCAGAAUGCCCCAGAGUCCAGACACAACAAACCAAAGACUGUGCAUGACAAUACACCGAAGCCUGAAGGAGAGGCCAGAGGCAAAAAGAUGCAGCCAUCGCCACGUGUCUCCCCAGAGCAGUUCUAUGAGAGGAAACCACCUUCCACAGCUCCUGAGGGCCCCAGGAAGCCAUUGCCCCAAAUCCCGAAGCAGCCAUUGGUCCCCCCGGGGCCAGGAAGAAAUGAAGAGUCAAAUUAUGAGAAACUGCUGAAUUCAAACCAUAGUCUUUACUGCAAGAUCAACCCAUCAACCUGA